AUGGUCUAUUCGACCUACUAUGCCUUUGCUGCUCUCAAGACCGACGGAACCGUCGUGACUUGGGGCGACGGUGAGUACGGCGGAAAUUCGAGCGAUGUCGCUGCACAACUGACAAACGUGGAAGCUCUGUAUUCAACGGCGAUUGGCUUCGCUGCCAGGAAGCCGGAUGGCACAGUCGUGCUUUGGGGAUACACGCAUUAUCAACAAGACAUGGUCAUAAGCAGCGGCGAGCUAGUAAACGUCAUUGACAUCUUCUCGUCUCAGGGCGGCUUUGCGGCCGUGAGGGCCGACGGCUCGAUUGUGAGCUGGUCUACAUCCUUCGAACCGUUCGUGUUGGGCGCACGUACCACUAUGACCACGUCAAACAGCAUAUCCUCCUCCACAUCGAGAACCAUGAGCGAGACUUCAACGACGAGCAGCACGGCCUCCACCACCUCUUCAGUUUCCUUUUCAACAACAGUGACCAGCACCUCAACGUCAACAACUGUGACCAGCACCUCAACGUCGAGCAACACAGCCUCCUCCACCACCUCAACUUCCUUCUCAUUGACUAUGACCGGCACUUCCACGUCAAGCAGCAUAGCCUCCACCACUACGUCGCGGACAUCCUCCUCCAGCACCAGCAGCAGUAUCUCAUCCUCACGCGUAUCCGCAUCAACGCAGAACGCUGCCACCCUUCCAGGAAGUUUGGAUGCCAUGCUGGCGGUUGUCGAGUCCAACGUUGCGUUUAUGGCCAGCCACGUCCGCAACACUACCAGCUCUUCGCUGGAUUGGGCAGAGGCGACGGCUUUCAGGAUCCACCCCCUCUCGGAGUUCGGCUGGCACAUCUUCGUGGAGGGCCCUCACACCGUCGCUCUGCAAGUGGAGGUCGGCAACGAAGACCUCGUGCUGGUUCUGAGCGCGAUGCAAGGACCGGAACCCAAUCCGUUCUUGUACGAAGGCCUGGAGGCGGUUGUGAGAGGAGUUGGCAGCGGUGAGCACGUGGUGGCUCCUGUGGACGUCACGCUUCACUCCAGCGUCGCCGGCUCUGUAGGCGGCGAUCUCAACGGUUCACUGAUUUACAUCCGCAUGACCGACGUGUCCCCGCAGCAAACCUGGGUGUGUGCUUACCUCGACGGUGAUGAAUGGUCUACUCAGGGUGUGAGGAUCGCUUCCCAGGAAGAGCUGGCGGCCUUGCAGUCGUCGGCGAACACCACGGGCACCUGGUGUGUCACCAACCACCUCACUAUGUUCUCCAUCAUUGAUAUUCUUCUCGAUUGCACGAACUUGAACGUCCUGUCCGAGGAGCUCUUGCGAAACAUCGUGGAGAGGCCGAAUUGGUGGAAUCGAUGGCCGGCGGCAUCUUUGUGGGCCCUCUUGGGUGCCUUGUUGCUGCUGUUGGGCCUCGGUGCAAGACAAGAUGGACAGAUACGCAAGUCAGGCAUCUGGCGGGACGAGUACUUCCUCACGGAUGUGCCUCCCGUUGCGGAUCCCUCGCGGUGGUGUCGGCUCUGCCGCGUGUUGUGCCAUCCCUCUGCACCCCGCGUUACGCAGACCACAGCGCCGACUCCGACUGAUGCUGCGGCGGCGAAGCAACAGACGCUGAACGAGCGUGUCAUGAAGCUGAAGCCGGGCACGCCACAGAAGCUCCAGGAAAACAUCAUGUGCGAGAACACCCUCGCCGAAGCAGCAAGACACACGGGCUUGCACCGAACAUCUAUCCGUGCACACAUCUGGGGCCUGCAGGGAUGGAUCCAGGGAAGCCUGGCCGUGCAGCAGUCUCCACAACUCAAGGAGCUGGUGAUGGAAAUGGAAGAGAGCUUGCCGCAUGAUUUCGUUGCGGUGCAUGCUUCCUGGAGCCAUCGAUUCCGGUCCACUUUCCUGGCACUUCACCCGGUCUAUGAGAUUUUGCUGGUCGACCUCCACACCACUGCGGCCAAGCGGGCCAAGAUCACAAUGGACUGUCUUUUCGGGUCCUUGGCCUUUGCGGCCGUUUUCUUCUCAGUUGACGGUUCGGCGGUUGCGGCCCGAAAUGCAGCGGCCUGCCCCGUGCAGCAGAACUCGCUAGUGUGGAUCGUCUCCAUUUCCCUGGUCUCCGUGCUCUUGAACUUCCUUCCGCGGCACUUGGUUUCUCUUCUGGCAGCGCGGAACUUCGUGCAGGCACUGCAAGACCGGGAGCAGCAGCUGAGAAUGCGAUGGUACAAGGACUGCUUGUUCUGGUUCAUCGGCAUUUGCUUCACGCUCUUACACUUGCUCUUCAUCACGGCCUUCUUGGCGAAUCUCGGUGUCGAGCACGAAUGGAAAUGGAUGACCUGCUUUGCUGUGGUCCUUCUUCGCAAGCUCGUCUUCGUUCCCUUCUUGGCUUCGCUCCUGAGUUUGGGACCCAGCUUGGUCGGCGCGGAGGGGACGAACGCCGCGGCACCUGAGAGGUUCGGUUUGGACCUUCCCACAGAGCACGAGAACAUGGAGACGACGGAUGAGGCUGAGGACACGCGGACGGCUUGGAAUGAAAAAGUGCAGGAGCUUGCCGGUCGUGGAAUCACGGUCCGCCAGCUGUUGGACUUCUACUCGCUGCUUGGGUCACAGGUGAUGCACCACUUUGACCCGGAAGCGUCCACCACCCAUGAUGUCGUGCGGCAGGCCAUCAUCCCCUUGUCCAUGCAGCUCCGCGAAAGCCGAUCUUUCACGAUCGCCCUGUGUGGCGGGACGGUUCUGUGGCCGCGGCUGUCCUACGAGAUUGCGGUCGUCAGCGAGUCCGCCGUGUUCAAGCCGUGGAAGGGGACAGCCACGGGCACUUUUGAUACAGCGCCAGGAGUCAAGCCGAAGGAUGUUCUCGUCGUGGAGGACCUUUUCGAGAACGAGUGCCUGCACCUGCGAAUUUGGGACUCAGCAGCCACUCCCAUCUGUGCCCUCGAGACCACUUUGAGUGCGACCUCGUUUUGGGACGGCUUCAACGGCGACGUUGAGCUGGAGACGAGCAGUUUCCUCGAUGAGGACGGCCUCUGCUGCGUCAGCUUUGAUACAGGUGCUGCCGCCCUGUCCCUGUCAAUCACUCCCAAGGCUUCCGACAGACCUUCCAGGGCCCGACCAGAACGGGCCCAGGACGCGCCAGCCUCCGCCGAGGUGGGCUACGCCUACGCUACGUGUGUGAACAACGUGCCGCGCAUGGCGGUGAAAAUGGUGACGCACAGCUGGCGCAACAACUUCGCAUACCUCUUUGCUGCCGUCCUGUCCGAUGCCCUGGAGGUUGACACCUACGACCACAUCGCCCAGCUGCUCAAAGCCGACCGAUUGAAAGACAUCUUCGAGAAGCUGCGAGCAUCCGGGAAGCUCGAGGUGCCGUAUUGGAUCUGCGCCUUCUGCGUGAACCAGCAUGCUGGCAUUUGCGCCACACCACCGGCUGCGGAUUCUGCCGGCGUGCCCAUCGCGCCUUGUCGCUGCGCCACGGCGAAGCACUUCCAGGGUGACCUCAGCGAAAUGAACAAGUUCGAUGACAUGAUGGCCUACUUGAAGGUGAACCUCAAAAGGCAAUCGCGGCAAGACCAAAGCAAGGUUCGCUUGGAACAGGUGGUUGCGAUGGAGGUCGAUUUCGGACUGCUGACAAGAGUUUGGUGCGUGGCUGAACUCGUCGAAGCAAACUCGCUGCACCUGCCACAGGCAAUCAAGAUGCACUCCGCGGCCUCCAGGGACAGCUGCCUCGACCGUCUGCUGCAGCUGGAUGUGCGAGCGGCAGAGGCGUCAUUUCCUGCGGAUAAGGAGCUGGUCCUCAGCAAGAUCACGGACGUUGAGGACUUCAACAUGCGCCUGCCCCGCCGUUGCAAUGUGAUCAAAACAGAAGCGAACACAGCUAAGCCUUAA